AUGAUCCUCGGAUUUAGAGCUGAGAAAUCCUUUUGUGCAAGCAGGCGCAACAAGAUUCCAAGGUUACAUUCGCCAGUGGCAGAGAAUGAUGGCAGCGGGAACCGAAGCGAACCUAUACCUCCAUCGGCCCUUCAUAUCGAGAAUCACUCCCCCCAGUCCCGUUUCAGCCAUGCCGAAGACCAAGAGAGCACCGAUACGCCUGAUCGGCGAACGAGUACACCGCAGAGGAUCAAGGCACCGGUCAGCUUCGACCGGCUUUCGGCAACAGACCCCGAAGCCUUCAACCAGAGGAUCUCGUCGGCAGGAUUGACGCAGGAGAUUAUCGACAACUUCAGCCCCGAAACGAUUCUUGAAAGUUCCACUUCCGCUCUUCCUGGCGGCAUCGGUCACGCCCAGGGGGAUCUGAUCACCGUGGAGCAGCUGUUGGGCCUCGAACUCCCUUCGAAGAGAGUCGCUGACUACUUCUUGAAUAUCUACAUAGAUGUGGUCCAUUGGUUCAUAAUGCUGUUUCAUGAACCGACAUUUCGCUCGAAAUACGAGAAACUCAUGGUCUCCAGGAGCUUUCCGCGGUGCCGCUCGAAUGAGGUGAUAUUCAUAUUGCUGGUUCUGUCCAUUGGUGCGCACUAUGCGCCGGACGAGGAGGUCCUGCAGAAAUUUCCGACAUUUCAGUUGAAGACAUUCCGAGCACUCUCGCUGAAGAAAAUCGAAAACAGCCUGCCUUCGCUGUACGACACAGCCGAGCUGGAGUCGGUGCAAGUGUGCUGCCUCCUGGCCUCGUGGUAUGUGUAUCAUGGCCGGCCGAACCUGGCAUUUGUCAUUCUCGGUGCUGGAUUGAGGUGUGCUCAACUUCUUUUGCUACACCGAGAGUCAACCUGGAGAGGAGUAUCGGAGAUUGCGAAAGAAGAGCGGAGGCGUGUCUUCUGGGCCCUCUUCGUCUUUGAUCGAUUCGCGGCCACGAUAUUUGGGCGCCCCUGUGGCAUCCCCAUGGCCGAGAUCGACGUCAGAAUACCACAGAACGUCGGCGACACCACGGUUCAACAUCCCUUCUUUCGGUCGAGCGCGACAACGCCAGACGGCACCGUCGAGCCCGUCACGGCGUUCUCAUACUUCAAGUUCAAGAUCAAGCUGUACCAGAUCUCCUCACCCAUCAUAGGCGACUUGUACUUCCACCGGAGUCGCAGCGUAUCAGAGCUGGCCUUCAAGGUCUACCGCAUCGAUAAAGAGCUGUCCGACUUCUUCAGCGCGCUUCCACCGGAAUUGAAGCUCGAAGACCUCUUUCGAAACCCCGCCGAGAAAGUCACGCCGAGGACGCGGCCUUUCAUGCUCCAAGCCCUCGCCCUGCAGAUCGCCUACGACAACGUCCAAAUCCUGCUCCACCGCCCACUGCUGUCCCAAGACCUACGCAAUUACAAGACCCAUGCAGACCUCUCUGACCCCGAUCGCCUCGCGUAUUCGCCCGACCAGAGCAAUAUCACUAAUAGCAUCCAGCUAUCGUCGCAGCACGUCCACCAGAUCCUGCUCGCAAGCCGUGACAAAUGCUGGGAGUCGGCAAUCCGAUCGUCCAAGCUCGGCCAGUAUAAUCAAUGUUUGGUCUCUGCGCGGGACAGCCACGCCGCGGCCUUCCUCGGCAUCAAUCUCUUCACGGCCGGCAUGGUCCUGUGCGUGGUCGCUCUCUCGCGGCCUUUAUCCUCCGAGGCGCAGACGGCCAAGCAGGCCGUCGCGCGGAUCAUGUCCUUGUCACGCUUCCUGUCGGGCAAGGCCCCACUCUCUGCACAGACGACGAAAAUCCUGAAAGAUCUCGUCCGUCUCGUCGGCGAGAAGGAGAUCAAGGCCAUGCUUGCGGAGUCGGAAAUGGCGCAAAAUCAGCCUUCUACCUCGACCGAUCGUGCAAGAAGCAGAGAUAGAGACAGGGAUGGGCACAGAGACGGAGACACAGACAGAGACAGAGACAGGAAUACAGAGGAUACGCCGGACGUGACGUCUCGACUGCCAGCUGUUCCCGCCAGAGAUGACCUGCUGCAAGUCUCAGAUAAUGCGCCCGAGGAAGCCGUUGCUGCGUCUGAGCCCUUGAAAGAGGAAUUUGGGCUCGCAGGGAUGAUGGACGCGGGGCCCUCGCUAAUGGACACCUUCGACUUCUCCGGGCUGGAGAACCUGGAUUUCAACAACGGGCUGUCGAUUGUGCAGCAAGCCAUGUUCCCGGAGGUGGUGGCCCCGGACGUUGAUGCAUCAAUGCCAAAAGACGAAGGAGAGUAUAAUGCGAACCAGGCCUAUCUUUAUCCGGCUGGUGGAAGCAGCGAUGGUCUACAGACCGAUGAUUUCAGCAUGAUGAACUCUGUGGGACAGACUUGGCUCUGGGACUCCGUUUCUUGGUAG